AUGCCUCUCCCCCUUUCAAUAACAGCCCCCGCGGUCGCGGCAUCGCUAGCAUACUUCAACGCCCGAUCCUCAACAUGGUACGACCUCUUCCUCCUUCGCUGCGUAACCAUCGCCGCUUCACGAAUGUACUAUCGCGAAUGGACCGACCGCCUCAAUCUAUACUACCUCCUCGAAAACAUAGCCACCAAUUCUUCAACCUCUGAUCGUGCAUUGCUCAUAUUCGAAGGAAAACGUCUUUCGUACAAAGAUGUUUACGAACAGGUGCUGAAGUAUGGACAGUGGCUCAAGAACGAGGGUGUCAAGAAAGGAGAUAUCGUUGCGCUCGACUUCCAGAAUUCAGAUUCAUACAUCUUUGUAUGGCUUGGUCUAUGGAGCAUUGGAGCGAAGCCAGCGUUUCUAAACUAUAACCUCUCUGGAGCCUCGCUGGUUCAUUGCUUGAAGGCUGCUACGACCAAGUUGUGUAUCGUGGAUCCCAAUGUCGAAGAGAAUGUUGGACAGGAUGUUCGCCAUCAGCUGAAGGACAUCCGCUUCAUUGUUCAUACUCCUGAAGUUGAAGCACAAAUCGCUACGACAGAAGGUGUUCGCGCGCCUGACUCCGAUCGAUCCGAGAAGAGUCUUUCAAGCAUGGCUAUUCUCAUUUACACCUCUGGUACAACUGGCAUGCCCAAAGCCGCCAUCGUGUCAUGGGGAAAGUUGAUCGUUGCCGGUUCAAUGUCUGAACAACUCCUUGACCGAUCGAAAGGCGACAUCAUGUACUCCUCAAUGCCCCUAUAUCACUCCUCCGCAACAAUCUUUUCCUUUAGCGCAACGCUCCUUUCAGGAAGUACCCAAGCCCUAGGCCGCAAAUUCUCAACCAAGACUUUCUGGAAUGAAGUCCGCGACUCAGGCGCAACAUCCAUCCUCUACGUCGGCGAGACUCUGCGGUACUUGCUCGCCGCGCCACCACAGCACGAUCCUGAAACAGGUGAAUGCCUCGACAAGAAGCACAACGUCAAGGUCGCCUUUGGAAACGGAUUAAGACCAGAUAUCUGGAAUGAAUUCAAAGAACGGUUCGGCGUUGAAGGAAUCUGUGAAUUCUACGCUGCCACUGAAGGAACAUUUGCGACCUUCAACCUCAGCAAAAACGACUACGCCGCUGGCGCAAUUGGUCGUAAUGGCUGGGUAUACAACCUCAUCAUGAGCUUCUCCGUCGCUUUGGUAGAAGUCGACUGGGAAACUGAUCUCCCCAAGCGCAAUCCCGACACAGGUCGCUGCUACAAAGCUCGUACCGGCGAGCCAGGCGAAAUGCUCUUCCGCCUACCGUCAGGAAACCCAUUCGGUCGCUUCCAAGGCUACUACAACAAUCGCGCAGCGACAGAAGCAAAAGUUCUUCGCGAUGUGUUUAGUAAAGGCGAUACCUGGUUCCGCACAGGCGAUGUCGUGAGAUGGGAUAGCGAUGGACGGAUUUACUUCCACGAUCGCAUAGGCGAUACAUUCCGCUGGAAGGGCGAGAAUGUUUCUACCGCCGAAGUCAGCGAUGCACUCUGUAAACACCCCUCCGUCAAAGAAGCAAAUGUCUACGGCGUAUCGCUCCCUCAUCACGACGGAAGAGCAGGUUGUGCCGCAAUCCAUCUAUCCUCUGAUCCUACCGCAGAGACAAUGCAGGACAUAGCUACACACGUGCGCGCUGAGUUACCCAAGUUCGCGAGACCGUUGUUCUUGAGAAUCAUGAGUGAGCUCGGCGGUGGACAGAUCACAGGGACUAUGAAGCAGCAGAAACAUACCCUGCGAGAGGCAGGUGUCGAUCCAGCAGGUGAUAAGAGUCUUGGAGAGAUUUACUGGCUCAAGGGGGAGAGUUAUGUACCUUUUACAGAGAAGGAUUGGGGAGAGAUUCAGGGUGGAAAGGCGAAGUUGUAA